AUGUAUAUAUCUAAUAUAUAAUUCACCUACCAUGAAUCGAACUUUCGAAAUCAUCAUAUUCUUUAUACCAUAACAUAGUUGUCAUGGAGUCCACCAAAAAAUGGGCAGAUGGCCCUUUCAAAUUACUCUCCACCCCAAGAGCAUCUUUAGAGGUAUAUAUAUAUAUAUAUGAUAUCCCCAAAAGAUACGACAGCGAGAUCAAAAACUCACAUAAAAACAGGGAAAACCCGAAUUAGCAGCCUCUCGUAAUGCGUCCGAAAUGGCCUUGGUCCACAACAUCCUCUUGAGAGGUCUGAACAGCAUUUACCUCCAAGCGGCCAAUGUGAAAGAAACCAGCGAUAUUUCAGAUUUUAUGAAAUUUUGCGAUGCUUGGUCUUCGAAUCUUCAUUCGCAUCAUGCAGCUGAGGAGACUGUGUAUUUCAAAAUGCUCGAUGAGCAAAGUUCGCGAGAUGGUGUGUUCAUCGCUAAUCAUACGGAGCAUGAGAAAUUUCUUCCGGGCUUGUUCGCUUUCGAUCUAUAUGUUUCGGGGGUGAAGGAUAAUGCGAAGCCUUAUGAUGGAUUGAAGUUGACGGAGCUGAUUGAUGUCUUCGGAACUGAUCUUGAAAAUCAUUUGCACCACGAGAUUGCAGUUUUGGAAGAUCUUGAAAAAGAUGCGUCGAUUAAUUGGGAGAAAUGCGGUAAAGCAAUGGCUCAAUAUUCUAAGAAACAUGCAGACAAAGUAUGAUUUGACAUUUUGGGCAUCAGAAAUUGAACUCAGCUGAUAUUUUACUAGGUGCGAGAUGUCCCGUUCUUAAUCACGAAUUCUGAUGUGACAUACGAAUCUGGCAUUCAUGGUCCGAGAUUUCCACCAUUUCCUUGGUUUGUGGGGUUGAUAUUUCGCUGGAUAUAUAUUCCUAAGUUGAAGGGGGCAUGGAGAUUCUCAAGUUGUGAUGAUUAUGGGAUUCCAAAGGAACUUCCUUUUGCAUGACCGGCUAGCUUGGCGUGAUUGUGUGAGAGCUGAUGCGGUUUUGGUGGAGUUUGGGAUGUGCAUUUGAAUAGUGGUUUGCAGAUUGGCACGUGGGCGUUAGGGAUGUUUUGAGUAUAAUGACAUUACGAUUAAUAUGCCCCUUGGUUAAGGGACUCUCAUCCAUUGGAACAAAAUUUGCUAUCAAUACUUUACUCCAAACUA